ACGCUGUUUACGCACCAACACAGAGCUUAAAGAAAAUCGAGCUCAAAUUGCAAUGAGCGCGCGAGGGACCUUUACCAAGAGGCCUGGAAUUUAACUUGUUGGGACCCAUGAGCCCGGGCCCAGGUCUGUUUCAGGUGACAAGCAACCAAGUCGUUCUUUUACAUAACAAAAGCUUUAAAAGAGCAUGUUCAAGUGGAGAAUGGAGGGCAACGAAGACGAGAAAUAGCAGACCGUAGCACUAAGAUCAGGUCAACAAAUACGGAGACCCCUUGGACCAGGUGAGUAUGGCAGUGAAAUAUUGGGCUGACAUUAAGAUUAUCCAUACUCAUCUUUAAAUCCUAAAGUGGAAACAUGUAAGUGCACUGAAGCAAUUGUCUACUACUUCAGUGGAAAUGAAACUUCAGCGGAGCAUUGAGAUCUGGAAGAUGGGAAUUGUCAACUACUUGGAUGCACUCAAGCUGCAGGAGAGACUUUUUUCAGAUCGUAAAGCUGGUAAAAUCCUAGAUGUCAUGCUGUCCCUUCAACAUCCACCUACUUACACACUUGGAAAACGGAGAACAUAUCACAAUUUGUUAGUGCCUGAGGCCGACCUCAAAGCCAUUGGUGCUGAGCUGCACUACACGGAAAGAGGAGGAGACAUAACAUUUCAUGGUCCACGGCAAGCUAUUCUAUAUCCCAUCAUCUCUCUUAGGGAUAUUGGGUUUGGUGCACGGAAGUAUGUUGAAGGCCUUGAAUCAGCUAUGAUUGAAUUAGCAGCUCUGUACGGUGUGAAAGCUCAUGCGGGAAAAGUAGGUGAAACUGGGGUAUGGGUGGAAGACAGGAAGAUUGGUGCCAUUGGUGUUAGAAUAUCUUCGGGCAUCACUUCUCAUGGAUUAGCCUUCAAUAUAGAUCCUGACCUAAAUUAUUUUAAGCAUAUUGUGCCUUGUGGAAUUCCAGAUAAAGGGGUGACAUCAUUGAGAAGAGAGACCAAGAUGGAACUUCCAUCUGACGAGCUGAUUCAUGAGCAGCUCAUACAGUGUUUAGCAAGGAUAUUUCGUUUCAGUGACCUCCAAUGGAAACAAGAACCAUCGUCCUUGGAUACUGGUGAGCUUAAGUGAGAUAUGAGGCAUGUUUGAUUGCAAUAUUUUCCUUGUUGUAACUUAUUAAGUUAUUAUAUGUAAAAUCUUGUUGGACUAAUGAUCAAAUAUGUUAUAGUAAAUUGUUUAGGCUGAGCUGAUGCAGAUUUGGAUUAUGGGAAACUUUGGUGUGCAUUAAAAAAAAAAUUGAAGUGGUAACUUUUGGGAA